AUGCCGGAUAAGAUGAAAGCAGUGCAUUAUGAGGGGCCUUUCAAGGUCUCGGUGAAGGAGGUCGAGGGUCCGAAGAUUCAGCAUCCGGAUGAUGCAAUCAUCAAGGUGACGACCGCUGCCAUUUGUGGAUCCGACUUGCAUAUGUACCAAGGUCGGACGGCGGCGGAAGCUGGCUUAGUGUUCGGACACGAGAACAUGGGCAUCGUUGUCGAGACUGGUUCGGGUGUGACUCUGCUGGAGAAGGGCGAUAGGAUUGUGCUGCCGUUCAACGUAGCAGACGGCCGGUGUCGUAAUUGCGAGGAGGGUCGAACAGCAUUCUGCACAGGAGUCAAUCCAGGAUUCGCAGGCGGCGCAUACGGAUAUGUCGCCAUGGGACCAUACCAAGGCGGACAAGCGCAGUUUUUACGUGUUCCUUACGCGGAUUUCAAUGCGUUGAAGCUGCCAAAGGGAAAAGAGCACGAAGCGGACUUCGCACUGCUAGCGGACAUCUUCCCAACCGGAUGGCAUGGGCUGACGCUUGCUGGAUUCAAGCCUGGAGAAAGUGUCGCAGUCUUCGGAGCUGGUCCCGUAGGUUUGAUGGCGGCAUAUAGCGGGAUCCUUCGCGGCGCGAGCAAGGUCUUUGUCGUAGACACCGUACCUGAGCGACUAGAUGCGGCGAAGAAGAUUGGCUGUAUACCAAUCGACUUCAAGAAGAGCGAUCCUGUCGAGCAAAUCAUCAAGCUAAAUGAAGGGAUGGUGGAUCGGGCAGUCGAUGCUGUCGGAUACCAAGCAGUGGACUCUUCCGGAAGCAAGGAGAAACCGAACAUCGUCCUGGACCAGUUGAUAAUGGUGACGAGACCGACCGGAGGACUUGGUAUUCCUGGCCUCUAUGUGCCGGCGGAUCCCGGAGCACCCGACGAGCAGAGCAAGAAGGGCCAAAUCUUGCUGUCGUUUGGAAAGCUGUUCGAGAAGGGCUUGUCGUUGGGGACCGGUCAAUGCAACGUGAAAGCGUACAACCGCUAUCUGCGAGACUUAAUCAUCUCCGGCAAAGCAAAGCCUAGCUUUGUGGUGUCGCAUGAGAUCAACAUCGACGAUGCGCCGGGGGCGUAUGAGAAGUUCGACAAGCGGAUAGAGGGGUAUACCAAAGUUUUGAUUCAUCCGAACGGGCCGUUGUAG